GGGAGUUUAGAGCAUGCGCUGCCGGGUUGAGCCGCGCGCGAGAAGUGCCAUGCCAUGCCAUGCCGUUCGGAUUUAGAGUCGCGUGCCGCGCGAGUUUCGUACGGUAAAGCACACGCGUCCUCAAAAGUGCCGAGUGGAACGAAUCGCAACGUCACGUCUUUAGGAAUGAUCAUAAGAUGGUGACCAAGCCUCUACUGAUAUUAUUGCCGAUAUUCCUGUUCCACGCGUGUGUGUUUGGUUUCCCCAGGAAGGUACCAAUAGUGGGGUUGUUCGAUCAAGAUGAAGAAAUCCUGGAUAUGUUCGAAGCGUCGGUGAAAGCGGUGAAUAAAGACGGGGUUGAGGACGAGGAUGUGUUCUUGACACCGAUAAUAGAAGAGAUUAAAGCGGAUGCGUACGAAGCAUCAUUGAAAGUAUGCGAACAGCUGAAAUUUGGAAUAGUUGGUAUUUUUGGACCUCAGGACAAAGCGAUUGCUGAACACGUGCAAAGCAUAUGCAAUACAAUAGAAGUACCACAUAUCUCUGUGCGACAGGAUCUUGACCUCUCUCAACCGCGCGGGUUAGGUCUGAAUGUAUAUCCGCAUAUAAGCUCGUUGUCACGACUUUAUAAUCAACUGGUCACAGAGUUCAAAUGGAAAUCCUUUGCAAUACUGUACGAAGACACCGACAGUCUGAUUCGCAUACGUCCACUGCUGGAGCGAUGGGACACACAUGGCACCUCUGCGUUCAUGUACCAUUUAGGCUACGGGCCGAAUUAUAGGCAAGGAAUGGAAGAAAUCAAAACAUCGAGAAUAGAGAACAUUGUCAUCGACUGUUCGUACGAGAUUCUCGACGACGUUCUGAACCAGGCCCAACAAGUCGGCAUUUUGUCCGACAAGUACAAAGUGAUUGUAACUUCUCUGGACCUGCAAACUCUGGAUUUAGAGCCAUAUCAGUACUCUGGCGUUAAUUUCACCGGCGUGCGCUUGAUUGACCCUGAAGAUCCGACAGUGUUAAAAAUUCUGGACAGGCAUAAGAAGGAAUGGGACCUAGACGACCCCUCGCAACUGCGAGUUGAACCCGCGCUCAUGUAUGACGCGGUACAACUGUUUGCGAUAGCUUUCAAACAAUUGAAAGAUGCUACCAAAGGCGACAUCAGGGCAUUGCCAUGCAAUGGCACUGUCAGAUGGGAACACGGACUGAGUUUAAGCAAUUUUCUGCGAUCGACCGAAACAAGAGGCUUAACAGGCCUUGUCAAGUUUGAUAGGGAUGGUUUUCGUAGUAAUAUAGAAGUGGAUAUCGUACGUUUGACUAAAAAUGGUCUGAUAAAAAUUGGCGAAUGGAAUAGUACAGCAGAGAAUGUCGAUUGGCUGCAAGAAAUCAGUACUCCAAAAUUAGACGUUCGAUUCAUACAAAAUAAAACCUUUAUAGUUUUGAUAUCCCUUACAGAGCCUUAUGGGAUGGAAAAAGAGUCGAUUGUCAAGUUAAGUGGCAACGAGCGUUACGAAGGUUUCGCGGUAGACAUAAUAGAAGAACUUAGUAAAAGACUUGAAUUUAAUUAUACCUUGCAAGUCGAAAAGGACUACGGAUCGUUAAAUAACAAGACUGGAAAAUGGUCCGGAAUGCUUGGCAAAAUUAUAGCUGACGAAGCGGAUCUGGCCAUCACGGAUCUUACAAUCACAUCCACCCGGCAAGACUACGUCGACUUUACGAAUCCGAUAAUGAACCUAGGUAAAUUUAGGACAUUUAGGUCAAUGAAAUUAAUGUACUCGAAAUAUCUACACAGUAUUAACAAAGCUGUCUUACAACUAUCAGAAGGUGGUGCCAUUCAGGAAAUCAAGAAAAAAUGGUGGACGCAAAAGAGAGGCGGAGGUAAAUGCCAGGAAAGUAGUGGAUCCAGUACAGCGGAGGCACUUGAUCUCGAUAAUGUGGGUGGAGUAUUUUUAGUACUGACCAUAGGAAUCGCCUUAUCCUGCGUGUACACUAUAUUCGAAUUGUGUUGGGAUGUUGCCCAAACAUCUAUUCGAGAAAAUGUGCCCUUUAAGCAGGAAUUAAUAAACGAACUGAAAUUUAUCGCAAAAUGCAGUGGCUCUAAACCGGCACGAAGAAAAAGUGGAUUGUCCAGCAAAAGUGAAAAUGGUAGUACAAGGGAAUGUACUCCUCCGUACGGUUUUAUACCAACUUUACUUUGGCAACGAGCCGCGCGAAUGAUAAACAGAUUCAUGUCACGUCGAACUACACAGCGCUUUGUUUUAACGAGAUCAAGGUUUAAAAAUGUGCCGAAUACAUCAUGCGCACAUUAUAAUGACCGAGAAAUGCUACUCCUGUACGUCACUGUUGCAUUUAUGCCCCAUAUUCUGGGACUUCCGAGGAGCAUAUCAAUUGGAGGUUUAUUCGACGGCGACGAGAUGAUUGAAAAAGCGUUUGAAAUAUCAAUCGAAGCAGUAAAUAAGAAAAUUUCUACCCCUGAACGUGCGAGAAAUAUAUCGUUAACACCCAUAACGAAACAAAUCAACAAGAAUGCAUUCCAAGUAGCAAAUAUAGCAUUUUUGCGAGAUCACAUUAUGCAUUUUUGGGAACUGCAUCAUGCAGCGUGCAAGCUGAUAGACGACGGGGUAAUCGGAAUAUUUGGUCCCCAAGACAAAUCGACAGCGAGCUACGUUCAAAGUAUGUGCGAUACCCUGGACAUACCUUAUAUCGCUGCCAGAUGGGAUUCCGAACUAAAACGUGGCAAUGUAAUAAAUUUGCAUCCGCACCCCGACUCGCUCUCCAUGGUCUUUCAAAACUUAAUAGAAGAAUACAAGUGGAAAGAAUAUGCAAUAAUUUACGACAACACGGAUGGCCUGAUACGUAUAAACCGCCUGCUCAAAUUGCAAAAUCUGAAUACUACUUUCGCGAUGGUGUUUCAUUUAGGUAGUGGACCAAAUUUUAGGCAAACCAUGGAGGAAGUCAAGAUGUCUGGAUAUAGAAAUCUCAUAAUUGACUGUUCGUACAAUAUUCUUGCGUCUGUUCUCGAACAAGCACAACAAGUCGGAAUAAUGUCAGAAAGAUAUAGAGUGAUUAUUACUUCUCUGGACUUGCAGACCCUAAACUUAGAACCGUACCAGUACUCCGGAGUGAAUUUAACGGGCGUACGUUUAAUCGAUCCAAAAAGCUCAAUUGUCCGACGUACCCUCCGGUCUCAGAAUUUUAACUGGAACUUGCCAGACGGUUCCCACUUAAGGGUGGAAGCGGCACUUGCUUAUGAUGCGGUACAACUUUUCGCAAGCGGUUACGCGCGAUUACGCAAGGGCAUCAAGGGAAAUCUGAAAAAUUUGUCUUGCAACAGCACAGAAGUUUGGGAGCAUGGUUUCAGUUUAAGUAAUUAUAUGCGGAACGAGCGAAUACACGGACUGACCGGUUUAAUAAGAUUUGACACGGCUGGAUUCCGAACCGAAUUCCAACUAGACAUCGUAAAUCUAGGAAAUGGAGGAUUGUAUAAAGUCGGAAGAUGGGAAACGAAUUUCGGUAUUCAAUGGAAACCGGGAUACAGAAUCCCCGGAGUAGACGAUGACAAAAGCUUACGUGAUAAGCAUUUUCUUGUCCUGAUAUCGCUAACAGAUCCGUACGGAAUGCGUAAAAUAUCAUCCCAUGUAGUAACUGGAAAUGAUCGAUAUGAAGGCUUCGCGAUAGAUUUAAUUCAAGAAAUGAGCAAAAUGCUGGGAUUUAAUUAUACCUUUGAAGUUCAGACCGAUAACGAUUACGGAUCAUUUAAUAAUGUAACCAAGAAGUGGAGUGGAAUGCUGGGAAAAAUAAUCGAUGGUAAAGCGGAUUUAGCGAUCACGGAUCUGACGAUCACGGCGACGAGAGAAGAAGCUGUGGAUUUUACGAGCCCGUUUAUGAACUUAGGUAUAAGCGUUCUCUACAGAAUGCCAACAAAGGCUCCUCCAGGCUUUCUAUCCUUUCUGGGACCGUUUUCGAAAGACGUUUGGAUGUACCUGAUCGGAGCGUACCUCACCGUGACAACAUUGUUAUUCGUGAUUGGAAAACUCUGUCCCGUAGAAUGGAAGAAUCCGUACCCGUGCAUCAAGGAGCCGGAGGUGUUGGAAACACCCUUCACUCUGACGGAGACUCCGUUUCUGGUGAGCGGAGCCAUCUUGAAGUCUCCUACCGGAUUCGCACCCGCAGGAAUUUCAACGAGAGCUUUGGCUGUUGCAUGGUGGUUCUUCGCUUUGAUCAUUGGGAACACGUAUAUCGCCAAUUUGGCAGCCGCCUUAUCCACGAAAUCCGUCGUGUGGUCUUUUCAAGUGGCGGAGGAACUGGCUUACCAACAGAAAAUCAAGUACGGCGCAAAAAUAAACGGCUCAACGUACUUCUUCUUUCAGGAUUCCACGUAUGAACCGUAUGUGAUUAUGUAUAAUUACAUGAAGGAUCAUGCUAACGAAGUACUUAUGAAGAGUAACGAGGACGGCGUGCGGAAGGUGCAGAACGAAAAUUACGCGUACUUCAUGGAAUCCUCGUCAAUUGAAUAUAUCAAACAAAGAAAGUGUAAUGUUACGCAGAUCGGUGGACUUUUAGAUUCCAAAAGCUACGGGAUAGCGAUGAAGAAAGAUGCGUCUUACCGUAUGGAUUUGAGUGGCGCCAUACUAAAACUCCACGAAACCGGUGUAAUCAACGAGCUGCAAACCAAGUGGUGGAAACAGAAACGAGGCGGUGAUACGUGUGACGAAAAGACUGCAGUCCAAGUACAGCCAUUGAAUUUGGAGGACGUCGGUGGAGUAUUUUUAAUUAUGAUAAGUGGCGUUGCGUUGUCCUGGAUUUUUGCGGGAUGCGUAUUUCUCUGGAACAUUCGAAACAUUGCGAUCAGACACGACGUAUCCUUUAAAAAAGAGCUCAUAAAAGAGUUAAAAUUCUUAAUCAAAUGCAGCAGAAGGAAGAUCGUCAAAAGAAGGAAGAAAUCCGUCGAAACGAUAACAAACAACAGCACUGAUUCCUAAUAAAUACAUGUCAUUUCCGUAACAAACUGUACACAAAUUUAACCCAAUAAAAUAGAAAUUGCAAAGUUGUCUA